AUGGAAAAUGGUAUGUAUAAAAAGAAAAGUCUAGUGCGGGUCUCGUCCAAAAGCAGAUCCAACAAGAACAGCAUGAUGGAGCCUCAACCUCAUAAUCCCCUCAUGGAUUGGAACAAAGCUAACAACGAUCCUAUCACACAAGAAGAGUACCCUUUUCUCCAUGAUCCUCCUCCUCAGCUCAUGUUGGAUCCACCUCCCGAAACCCUAAUUCAUUUGGAAGAAGACGAUGAAGAAUACGAUGAAGAGAUGGAUGCGAUGAAGGAGAUGCAGUACAUGGUCGCCGUCAUGCAGCCCGUAGACAUCGACCCUUCGACAGUCCCUAAGCCGAACCGCCGCAACGUAAGGAUAAGCGACGAUCCUCAGACGGUGGUUGCUCGUCGGCGUAGGGAAAGGAUCAGCGAGAAGAUCCGAAUUCUGAAGCGGAUCGUGCCAGGCGGGGCAAAGAUGGACACGGCCUCCAUGCUGGACGAAGCCAUCCGUUACACCAAGUUCUUGAAACGGCAGGUGAGGAUUCUUCAGCCUCACUCUCAGAUUGGAGCUCCUAUGGCUGACCCCUCUUACCUUUGUUAUUACCACAACUCCCAAACCUGA